CUUCAUUUUUGCGCCGGACAUUCAGCAACGACAGGACUGCGGAUUUCCUCUCAGAUAUUUGAGUGGAGAAUCUAACUUGGAGCAGCGAAGAGCUCCCUGUCGACCCGAGGCUGUGAUUGUCCUCCAUAGAUAAAUCUUCUUCUCGAUCGACCGCGAAACAAGCCUGCAAAGCGAGCGCAGGACGUUGCGACCUCCCAUUUACAAUACGGCAUCCAUUAAUACUGAGAGACCACAGUCAAUAUGGCAGAAGUCAACGGCGACGCUCCUCAGACGAACGGCCAUACCUCUCCUCCCUCCCAGCCAACAGCCGCUCCUUCACAACCAGCCUCCCAGCCAGCACCAGUCACGAUCUCGAAUCCAUCAAUCCCUCUCACAUCUCUCCAAGACAACGGCCUCAACAAACGCCCACGAGAUGCCCGCCUGAUCCAUAUGCUCCUCUCUUCGUUAGGUUGCACUGCCUACCAAGAACGGGUUCCUCUUCAGCUGCUCGACUUCGCGUACCGUCAUUCGUCCUCCAUCCUCUCCGAUGCUCUACAUCUCUCGGCCGAUGCAUACCAAUCACAGCAGUCUCGCGCGAGGGACGCACCUCCUGGUGGUGGAGUUAGAGAGGCAGACAAUGCUGUUAGCUCGAAUGCUGUUCAGCUGGCAAUUCAGAGCAGGCUGCAAUAUCAAUUCGGUGGCGGGAACGGCGGCGGUGGAUUGAGCAAAGAGUUUCUACUGGAGACUGCACAAGUCAGGAAUAAGAUCGCUCUGCCAAGAGUUCUGCAGAACGAAUGGGGUGUUAGACUACCAAGUGAGAGAUUCGUUCUGUCGGGCGUGCCAUGGGGAUUGAAGGGCGAGUGGGUUGCAGAGGAUGACGAUACACAGAUGGGCGGAGAUUCGAUGGAAGGAUUGGAGAUAGAGGAGAAGGGCGUCGAAGAUGGAGAAGAAGGUGGUACUAUGGAAGACUUGUUUGGUGGUGAUGAAGAUCACGACAUGGACAAGGACUGAGAAGAUGUACAAAAUCAUACUGCAUCUACGGCGCAUCGGAGUUUAAGGUGUGGGCAUCUAAGGAUACCAAAAUUGUCGCGCUGACUUGGAUGGUUGGCGUCAUCUUUCAAAUAGACUGAAUUCAAGAUAAUUCUCUCAUGCCG